AUGCAGGAGUCACAAUCUCAAAAUGGCGGAUCUGGAGCGACAUCUGUAAAUAGACCCUUUGGGCAUGCAUCGAAGCCUUCCAGCAGCGAUACGGGCUUCUCUCAUGGCGCAUACAGCUCAAAUCAGUUUUCGAUGGGUGGUUACGGUGAUAGACAUCCUCGCAGAGUGAACAUUCCUUCAAUAAAUACACAGAGCAUGGGCCAACAAGGUCAAAAUGAUAUGACAACACCAGGGACCGCAUUCGAUAUGCAAUUCACACCUUUGUUACCUUCACAGCUUCUCCUUGGUAGUCCAUUCCAACCAGGAACUCCUUCUGCGUUCCAAAGUCCUCAAUUUCAAAACUAUGCAACAUUCCAACAGCAACAGCAGAAUCAACAGCAACCUCAAAGCCCAACUGGACCUAUGUCUCCUCAACUCUAUCAGAGCUUGGUCUCCCCUUCGACUUAUGGCGCACCUCAGUUCUACAACCCACAGUCCCCAACUGGUGGAUUUGCACAAAUGAACAACGGGAUGCAGAACAUGAGCAUGGCUCCUUCCUCUCCAGUACAGAUGUCACCUGGUUUAGUUUCAGGAACCAGCCGAACUGUUUACUUGGGAAACAUUCCUCCUGAGACGUCCGCUGAAGAAAUCCUCGGUCACGUCCGAAGUGGGCAGAUUGAGUCUGUUCGACUUUUGCCGGAUAAGAACUGCGCUUUCAUCUCAUUUUUGGAUGGAAGUUCCGCCACACAUUUCCACUCCGAUGCGAUUUUGAAGAAGCUCUCUAUCAGAGGCCAGGAUAUCAAGGUUGGUUGGGGAAAGCCUUCUCAAGUGCCCACUUCCGUCGCUCUUGCCGUUCAACAAUCAGGUGCUUCGAGAAAUGUUUAUUUGGGAAAUCUUGGCGAGGAGGUCACCGAAGAUGAGCUGCGUGAAGAUCUUGGAAAAUUCGGCCCAAUUGAUACAGUGAAGAUUGUUCGAGAAAAGGCAAUUGGUUUUGUUCAUUUCUUGUCGAUUGGAAACGCUAUUAAGGCUGUCUCUCAGUUACCUCAAGAGGCAAAAUGGCAAUCGCCACGUCGGGUCUACUACGGAAAGGAUCGUUGCGCUUACGUUUCGAAGACCCAACAACAGAAUGCUGCACAAUAUCUUGGUAUUGCACCAGGAUAUGCUCAUGUUCUCAAUGGGGCUGAUCGUGACUUGAUUUCUAAUGCUCUUGCUCAACAAUCCGUAGCUGCUGCUGCUGUUGCCACAACUGCGGGUGGAAUCAAUAACCUUGGAAACCGAACUGUUUACCUGGGUAACAUUCAUCCAGAAACAACAAUCGAAGAAAUUUGCAAUGUUGUUAGAGGUGGUCUUUUACAUCACAUUCGAUAUAUACCCGACAAGCACAUUUGCUUCGUCACAUUCAUUGAUCCUACUUCUGCUGCUUCUUUCUAUGCUUUGAGUAACUUGCAAGGAUUGAUGAUUCACAACAGAAGAUUGAAGAUUGGGUGGGGAAAACACUCUGGUGCUCUCCCAGCUGCAAUUGCCCUUGCUGUUAGUGGUGGUGCAUCAAGAAAUGUCUACAUUGGUAACUUGGAUGAAUCAUGGACCGAAGAGAGAUUGAGACAAGAUUUCUCUGAAUACGGUGAGAUUGAAUUGGUCAACACUCUUCGAGAGAAGAGUUGCGCCUUCGUAAACUUCACGAAUAUCGCAAAUGCUAUUAAGGCAAUUGAGGCCAUCCGAGGAAAGGAAGAGUACCGUCGAUUCAAAGUCAACUUUGGAAAAGAUCGAUGUGGAAAUCCUCCACGACAAGUCCAACAAUCCCAAUCUCCACGCGGUGAUGGUGUUAACUCACCCCCUCAUUCGGGUGGUCUUCAACCCAGUCAGAAUGGUUCUUCCCCGACAGGUUCUGUAGCUCCUGGUUCAAUCAAUGGAUCAAAUGGAAAUUUCCAACAGCAGCAACAACAACAACAACAGGGGUCUACUCCAUCAACUAUUCUUAACGCUGGAAGCAACAAUCCUUUGACUAUGUACCUCAACCAAGUUUCUCAACAAGCUCAACAACAGCAACAACAAAACCUUGAUCCGUACUCCGUUGCAGCUCUUCAACAACAGCAGCAACAAGUCCUUGCAGCGCAACAAGCUGCUUUGUACGGUGGUGGUAACAUGGAUGACAUGAAUAUCCAGCAACCACAAUCGAAUGGACACGGCUCAAGCGCAAGCAUUAGCAAUACGAAUGGUUUCCAAUCAUCUGGAGCACCCACCAUGAAUGGAUUGUUGGCUCCAGCUAGAGGAAGCCACAGCAGGGCUGUUUCUCUUCCUGUUUUCGCACAACCAGAUGGUAAUGGAAAUGGAGAGCAGCAAGGAAACCCAAGAGGUAGAGGACAUCAAUAUCAAAGCUCUUUCUCUGGUGGUCUAGGCAAUGGAGGUUUCAACAGCGGAUACGGACUUGGCAUUGAUGGACAAGGACAUGGACUCAAUGGUUGGGCUGAAGAGGAAGUGGCAGGACAUUAA